AUGAAAUCUAAUCAUGUCAUUCGGGCGUUAACACUGGUAUGCAUUGUCAUUUCUAUUUUUUCAAUCGAUGCGGCUGACCAGGAUCCUGGAUGUAGUGGGGUUGACAUGGAAACUUGCGCCAAUGCAGAAGACGGCGGAGACGACGGUACCGGCUUGGCGAACGAACCGGAAGUCACGAAAGAAGUAGAGUGUGUUGCCGGGACGGAGGAAUGCGCGAGUCCCGAAGCAAUCGCAUCAAUGGAAGGAUCCGCGGGCUCGGACGAGGGUAACCCACAACAUGCUGCCGUUUCGGAGAACCCCGCCAGUCCCGCGGGCGAUAACACUGCAUCGGCGGAGAAGCCAGAGAGCUUAGGUGCGGGUGAUCCAAACUGUCCCGACCGUGACCACUUGAUGCGAUGCGCUGGAAAACAUCUUGAUCAUAACAAAAACGGUAAAUUGGAUAGAGAUGAGCUUCAAGGAGCCAUCGAUUCUCUGCCCGGUAGGUAUGCUCGAGGAAUCUUACAGAUUCUCGGAAGCGUCGAUAAGAUGAUGACCAAGUGCGAUGUUGACGGUGAUGAUGCCAUCUCGAUCGAUUACGACAUGCAUCACAACAGAGAGUCCUGUCUAGCAAGCUGCUUCAAACGCCGCGCAUUCAAAGGAGCGUUCUUCCCAGAUUGCGAUUUGUAA